AUCCGGCAAACCAAUUUUCGUCGAUGAUUGCAAAUGAUGGGAAUGAUGUUGGAUUUGUUUCUUCAUCUUCUGGACUCCCGCUUGGUCAGUCAGGUAAUAUAAUGGAAAGUCAGCUUCAUUCACUGGACAUGGCGUCAAACACAUCGGAAAGUAAACUAAUGCCGCUGCUAACGGAGGAGGAAUUCGACAGCAAAUCCGGUAGUCAUGACAAUAAUCAAGAAGGCAAAUCCAGUGAUGAACAAGACGCUAAUCAGCCUGAGAGGAGAAAGAGCUAUCACCGCCACACUCAGCAUCAGAUCCAAGAAAUGGAAAAUUUCUUUAAGAAGUGUCCACACCCAGAUGACAAGCAAAGGAAGGAGCUCAGUCAUGAACUAGGGUUAGAGCCGCUACAAGUGAAAUUUUGGUUCCAAAAUAAGCGUACCCAAAUGAAGAAUCAAAACGAGCGCUCCGAGCUCUCAUCACUUCGAGAUGAAAAUGAAAAGCUUAGGACUGAACACGUGCAACUCCGUGAAGCUCUCAACAAUGCUACUUCUUGCCCUUCUUGCCCUAUAUGUGGCGGCCCACAAAUCAGUUUAGGUGAAAUGUCAUAUGAAGAAAAUCAAUUGAGGAUCGAAAAUGCUCGACUAAAAGAAGAGGUUGAUCGAAUUUCAGCUUUGGCAGCAAAAUAUGUGGGCAAGCCAGUUUCGAGUUUAAACGUUAAUUACUCGCCUUCAGUAACUCCGCCUCGUUCACUUGAUCUUGUAAAUGCAUUUGGAAAUAACGGAGAGGUUAUAAGAUCAUCAUUUAACGGACCAACAGAAGCCGAGAAGCCGUUAAUAAUUGAGUUAGCAGUUGCAGCAAUGGAAGAGUUUAUUCAAAUGGCUCAAAUGGGAGAACCACUUUGGUUGCCUAGUGUUGAUGGUCGAACAAAUUUUCUAAAUGAAGAAGAGUAUGUUAGAUUAUUCCCUAUAGGAAUUGGACCUAAGCUUGAAGGAUUUAAGACUGAAGCUUCAAAAGAUACUGCUGUUGUUUUCUUGAAUCCUAUCAACUUGGUUGAAAUUCUCAUGGACGCGAAUAAGUGGUCAAGUAUGUUCUCAAGUAUUGUGUCGACGGCUGUUACGGUGGAUGUGUUAUCAACUGGAGUUGUGGGAAAUUUCAAUGGAGCAUUGCAACUGAUAUUUGCAGAAUUUCAAGUACCAUUUCCACAGGUUCCAACUCGAGAUUGCUACUUCGUAAGAUAUUGUAAACGAAGUGUUGAUGGAAUAUGGGCAGUUGUCGACGUUUCCCUCGACUAUCUGCGUGCUACCCCGACUGCUAGUUGCCGGCGAAGGCCCUCAGGAUGCCUAAUUCAAGCAAUGCCAAAUGGGUACUCAAAGGUCACCUGGAUAGAGCAUGUAGAGGCAGACGAUAUAGCAAUUUAUAACAUUUACAAGCCUCUUUUGAAUUCUGGCCUUGCAUUCGGGGCAAAGCGUUGGAUUGCUACUUUGGAUAGACAAUGUGAACGGCUAGCAAGUGCAAUGGCCACAAAUUUACCCGACGAUAACAUGAGUAAUAUGAUAUUAGGAGGUCCAGAGGGAAGAAGGAAUGUGUUGAAGCUAGCGGAGAGAAUGGUAAUUAGCUAUUGUUCUGGAGUUAGUGCUACGGCAGCUCAUCAAUGGACAACUCUCUCAGGAAGUGGUUCAGAAAAUGAUGUUCGCAUCAUGUUUAGGAAAAGCAUUAAUGAUCCAGGCAGACCUCCUGGCAUUGUGAUGUGCGCUGCGACUACCUUCUGGCUCCCGAUUUCUCCGAAAAUAGUGUUUGAUUUUCUCCGUGAUGAAAACACUAGGACUGAGUGGGAUAUUCUAUCCAAUGGAGGUGUUACUCAAAGAUUGGUUCAUAUUGCUAAUGGCAGGGAAAAAGGCAACUCUGUCUCCAUAUUGAGAGUGAAUAGUAGUGCAAACUCAACACAAAACAACAUGCUGAUAUUGCAAGAGAGCAGCAGAGAUCCAACAGGAUCAUUUGUUGUUUAUGCACCAGUUGAUGUUCCUGCUAUGAACACAGUAAUAAAUGGUGGAGAUCCUGAUUACGUCGCGCUUCUACCUUCUGGAUUUGCUAUACUACCAGAUGGUCCUCCAGGCAGAAUUGCUGGUGGAUCUCUCCUCACUAUUGCAUUUCAGAUUUUGGUUGAUUCUGUUCCUACCUCUAAGCUUUCCCUUGGAUCAGUUGCUACUGUCAACAGACUCAUUGCUUGCACAGUUGAUAAGAUCAGGGCUGCUCUUCUAUCCGAUACCCCUUGAUGUUAAACUUUGUUAGGGAAGGAGUAGUACAGAAGAAGAAGGCAAAGAAUAAAAUGAAGUCAAGAGCGCACCUUGUUGCUUUGAUUGUGAUAUUGGUUGCUUUAGCCAAUGGAAUAAUCAAAGGGUUUUCUAUAGAGGUUUUGUUAGGAUAUAUGAGGUUCGUGAAUUGACUUCCUCAGGCGAUUUGAAAAAGGAAGUUGUAUAGACUUCAUAGGUUUGGACCUGGAGUUUAAUUUACUGCUUCCUUCCCUAUGCCUAUUCGGGAUUUUCCUUUAAUUUGUGAUUUUUGGUCGGUGAACUUAAAAGCAUUUGCAGAAUCUUUUGUCUGCUUUUGCUUAUUUAUUUCAAUAUCUAUCAAAAUAGUUGGCUUCUUUUGCCAAA